AUGAGUGCAGAUCUUCGUGUAGGCAACCGGUUCCGUAUCGAUAAGAGACUUGACUCCGGUGAGUUCAGUGAGAUCUUCCGUGGCACGAACAUACGGACAGGUGAUCCGGUGGUUAUUAAAUUAGAGUCUCUGAAGACGCGUCACCCGCAGCUGGCUUUCGAAGCCGCCUUUUACCGCAUCCUCAAUGCCAGUACCAACGUUGUGGGUGUUUCCAACAUAAUGUACUACAGCGUUGAGGGUGAUUUCAGUGUGAUGGUGAUUGACCUUCUGGGGCCCUCACUGGAGGACCUCUUCUGUUACUGUGGCCAGCAAUUUUCGCUCAAGACAACACUGAUGCUGGCAGGGCAGAUGAUUGCGCGCAUUGAGUUUAUCCACAACCAGAGCGUCAUCCAUCGCAAUAUCAGACCUGAGCAUUUUCUGAUGGGUACUGGCAAGAAGGGGCAUCACGUCUAUAUCAUUGACUUCGGUGUCGCCAAGAAGUACCGUGAUACCCGCACACACCAACACAUCCCAUACAAGGAGGGCAAGAGCCUGACGGGGACGGAGGACUUCUGCUCCAUCAAUACGCACAUGGGUAUCGAGCAGAGCCGCCGUGACGACCUCGAGGGGAUCGGGUACAUCUUGUUGUACUUCCUGCGGGGCUCACUGCCGUGGCAGGACCUCAAGGCGCACACGAAGCAAGAAAAGUACGCACGCAUCUCUGAGAGGAAGCAGUCCACAUCCGUAAUGGCACUCUGUAAGGGAUUCCCAAUGGAGUUUGCCACGUACCUCAACUACACCCGUGCUCUCCAGUUUGAGGACACCCCAGACUACGGCUAUUUGAGAGGGGUUUUGGGUACUCUGUUUAGCCAUUACGAGUUUGAGAUGGAUUAUGUGUUUGAUUGGACGUUGCGUCGAAGUAAAUCGUUAACUGCAGCACCGCCCAAGAAUAAGAAAGAUGACGGCUCUAAUAAAACGUAG